CUGCAGCACUGAGAUUUGCUGCACGGUAAGGUCGGGAUCACUGUGGCAAUUUAAGCCACAAAUGCUCCCUGAAGUUUGGUACUUGGUCAGGAAAUUCGGAAGGAUGAAGCAGAUGAACAAGCCUCAUUUUUUUCGUGGUGCUGGCACCUGAGUUGGUUUCACUUGGCCUAAGGGGGCUGGUGGCUGCAGCGCUCGGGCACUGCUCAUGGCUUUGCAGGGGAUGGCAAAGGUGACUCACAUGGGCAUUGGUGCUGCAGGACCUGUCCCCAAAACCUGUCAGCUAAAAUCUUGCUGGUGUUGCAAGAGGGAUGUCUCCCCAGCACCCUCCUUCCAUCUCCCUGGGGUUGUCCCCACAAGAAGGGAUGAGCAAGCACCAUCACCCGUGGCGGGCAGCCCCUGUGGAGGACUUGAAGGUGCUGGCACCAGCACAGACCCACAGCACCGCCAACACUGUAAAAAGAAAAUAACAGAAGGGAAAGAAACAAUCGGAAAAGAGGAAAGGUCUGCUUCUCCGUGCCUGAGACACUGCAGAGGGCAGAAGACAUUUACGGUGGAAGAAGCUGUGGAAACCAUUGGGUUUGGGAGGUUCCACAUCGCGCUUUUCCUGAUCAUGGGCAGCACUGGGGUGGCCGAAGCAAUGGAGAUCAUGCUAAUAGCUGUUGUGUCCCCUCUCAUCCGAUGUGAGUGGCAGCUUCAAGACUGGCAGGUGGCUUUAGUGACAACGAUGGUGUUUUUUGGCUACAUGGUCUUCAGCAUAGUGCUCGGGCUCCUGGCCGACAGGUAUGGCCGCUGGAAGAUUCUGCUGCUCUCAUUCCUCUGGGCAGCGUAUUUCUCCCUGUUGACCUCAUUUGCCCCAUCCUACGUCUGGUUCGUGUUCUUGCGGGCGAUGGUAGGAGGUGGCGUCUCGGGUCACGCACAAGGGCUUAUCAUAAAAACGGAAUUUUUGCCCACCAAAUACCGAGGAUACAUGUUGCCCUUAUCUCAGGUGUUUUGGUUGGCAGGAUCCUUGUUAAUCAUUGGCCUGGCAUCGGUGGUGAACCCAACCAUCGGCUGGCGGUGGCUGAUCAGAAUCGCCUCCAUCCCUGGCAUCCUUCUCAUCCUGGUGUUCAAGUUCAUCCCGGAGUCAGCACGGUACAAUGUGUCCACGGGAAACAUGGCAGCUGCCCUGGCCACGCUGCGGAGGAUAGCCACGAUGAACGGGGCGGCGAUGCCCGAGGGGGUGCUGAGGGAGCCCGUCAAGGAAAGGAGAGGAAGAUUCAAGGACCUCAUCCACCCCAAAUACCUCAGAACCACUUUGCAGAUAUGGAUCAUAUGGCUUGGCAUAGCUUUCGCGUAUUACGGCGUCAUCUUGGCCAGCUCUGAGUUACUGGAGCGGGACCUUGUCUGUGGCUCUGCGGCACUACUGGUGCAGGACCCUGGCGAUGACUCCGAGGAGAGCCGCAGCCCCUGCCACUGCCGCUUGUUUGGGCCUGCUGCCUACCAGACCAUGAUCAUCAGCACAGUCGGAGAGAUCGCACUAAAUCCUUUGAACAUUCUUGUCAUCAAUUUCCUCGGAAGACGCCUGAGCCUGUGUAUCACCAUGGGAUGUACGGCACUAUUCUUUCUUCUCCUUAAUAUCUGCACCUCAAGGCAUGAUUGGGUUUCUCUUCAUGCUGCGUGCCUUGGUUUCAGCAAACUUCAACACCAUCUACAUUUACACAGCAGAGGUUUAUCCCACCACAAUGCGAGCCCUGGGGAUGGGAACAAGUGGCUCAUUGUGCCGUGUUGGAGCUAUGGUGGCCCCAUUUAUAUCACAAGUUCUUAUAAGUGCUUCUUUCAUUGGGGCCCUGUGUCUUUUCUCGUCUGUGUGUGUUGUGUGUGCAAUCUCUGCAUUCACGCUGCCCAUCGAGACCAAGGGCAGGGCACUGCAGGUUUGUAUUACCACUCCAGGAGCUCCUGUGUAUCUAAAUACCAUUUAGACACUAGUACAUUACUAUUCAGCCAGAAUCCAAACCAAAGUCUCCUGAGGGUUCGUAAGCCAAAAUAAGGCCUGGCAGGCAACCACAGGAACAUGCUGUUGCAGCGUCUUAAAGCACUGUCACCCCAGUUGCCUAAAGCUCGUUUCUCAUAAAAGAACAAACCAGAAGUCCUGCCCUAACCCCAGCUCUCUCAUGCCAGCGUGUUAGCUUCAGCUAGCGAAGCCCCACUUUGCUAGAACCUCCAGUCCUGACUUGAAGCUGCUGCUUCACCAGCACACAUUCUGUUCUGCCUGUGCUGUAGGGAGAGAGGACAGCAGAUACAAGUAAUACCUUAAACUACUAAAGCCAUUUCUUCAUCAAAUUCAAGUCAAAAGCCCCAGCUCUACCAGCCUGUUAGCUAAGCCCUUGUGGCUAGUGUUUCCUAAAAAGCAAUCAAUCGCCAAAACACUAAGUACAAAGAUUAAGGGGGAAAGUUUAAAUUCAGAGAGCCUCCUAUGCACAAGUCACACUAGUUUAAUUACAGGAGGUGGCGAGCAGUUCUGUGAUUCAUCAAUUCAGCUAUACCAGCAUGGAAAUGUUCACUUCAUGCAUACAGCAUGCCCACAUCACACUGCCUGUUAUUCUGCAGUCUUACCAAUAUAAACCAGAAGACCAUGGGCUAAAUAAUCCACAUUCUUUAGCAGCCUAGAGCAAGACAGACGUUUGAUCAAGCUGUUUUAUGUGGGCUUCAGAACCAGACUUUAAAAAAAACAUAUAUACAAACACACGUUACAUAUAUACCCACACACACACACGCAGGCACGCUUAACACACUUAUCUUCAUUGGGUCACAUCUUCUAAGGUUUUCCCAAGGUGCAUGGGGCAGUUAAGCUUACGGUUUUCAGAAAAGCAACAUAUUAAUCAUUGCCUGCUUUAUUAAAUGCUUGUAUUCUUUUAGAAAUGCUUGUCUUUUAUGUUUUUAUGCCAUUUAAAAUAUCUAUAUGCUAUUCUGUAAAAGACUGGUGAAAAAAAAAAUAACCGAAGUUUAAGUAAGGAAGUGGACAAAGCAACUUAUUCUUCCCUUGUGGGUGAAAUUCAACCCCAUGCACAGAGGCCAGAGAGACACUUAGGCCUUCAAAUGGUUGGAUUUACUAAGCAAAACACUUCAUUAAAACUGCUUUAGACCUAAAAGGAAAGCUUUGAUUCAGCUACAGUUGGAUUAACUUUGGCUAACAGCGGUCGAGAUAAAUGGGAGUCUAAUGAUUCCUUAAUGGG